AUGCCCAUCAGGAACGACAGUGCAAUCACAGAAUUCAUUCUCCUGGGGCUCACAGACUGUCCCGAACUCCAGCCUCUCCUCUUUGUGCUGUUUCUGCUCGUGUACCUGGUCACCGUCCUGGGCAACCUGGGCCUGGUGGUGCUGAUCAGACUGGACUCCUGUCUUCACACGCCCAUGUACUUCUUCCUCACUAAUUUAGCCUUUGUUGACUUGUGCUACACCUCGAACGCCAUCCCACAGAUGCUGACUAAUUUCCUGUCAGAGAAGAAGACCAUCACCUUUGCAGGCUGUUUUACACAGUGUUACAUAUUCAUCGCGCUGCUCCUCUCUGAGUUUUACAUGCUGGCGGCCAUGGCCUAUGACCGCUCCGUGGCCAUAUGCAAUCCCCUGCGCUACAGUGUGAAAAUGUCCAGGCGGGUCUGCAUCUGCCUGGCCGCAUUCCCUUACGUUUACGGCUUCUCGGAUGGGCUGUUCCAGGCCAUCCUGACCUUCCGCUUGACUUUCUGUAGGUCCAAUGUCAUCAACCACUUCUACUGUGCCGAUCCGCCACUCAUUAAGUUGUCCUGCUCUGAUACUUACAUCAAAGAGCAUGCCAUGCUCAUAUCCGCUGGCUUCAACCUCUCCAGCUCCCUCACCAUCAUCCUGGUAUCCUAUGCCUUCAUCAUCGCCGCCAUCCUCCGGAUCAAAUCAACAGAGGGAAGGCGCAAGGCAUUCUCUACCUGUGGAUCCCACAUGAUGGCCGUUACUCUAUUUUAUGGCACGCUCUUCUGCAUGUAUGUAAGACCUCCAACAGAUAAGACUGUCGAGGAAUCCAAAAUAAUAGCUGUCUUCUACACCUUUGUAAAUCCAGUGCUUAAUCCAUUGAUCUACAGCCUACGGAACAAAGAUGUGAAGCGCGCAUUGAAGAAGAUCCUCAGACGAAACAUGGGUAGUGAGUGGGCAGUGCCUCCACUUUCUAAUAAACCGUAA